AUGUUCAUUUGUUUAGGUCAAUGCACCACGACGACGGACUCCGAAUUCAAAGAUUUUAACGAUGUUCUUUUGCUGACAGUGGACGACACGGAGUUUAACGAAGCGCAAAAAAUAUUAAAGAAUGUCGAAAUACCCAGCAAGAAAGGCGACAGAGACAAAAACUGUUGUUUUGGAGAAAUAGGCGGAAAUAAAGUGACGCUCUUGAAAGUUCCACACUUCGGCAAGACCGGCGCUUCUACAGGCCAUGACGUUCUGGUUUAUGAAACAAUCCAAGAACUUAAACCGAAAGCUAUUGUUAGUCUGGGAGUUUGCGAUGGUGUAAGGAAAGAAGAACAUUUCCUUGGUGAUGUCGUAGUGUCAUCACAAGUUUACUUUCUUGAGCAACAGGAGGAAGGUUUGUCGACUUUUUAUCGUACAACGUAUGACUGCAAUUUGGGACUGGUGCAUUUGUUCGACCGUGGGAAAUUUGCGUGGGUUGGUCCUUGUGACAAUGUGGUAGUUCCAAAAGUCCAUGUGGGUCAGUUUACGACAGGUUUACAAGAUGGUGACGAGAAAAAGAGGGAUUCGCACGAGGCCGGAACCAUUGGAAUAGACACGGCGUCAAAAAGUAGGCAUACUAAUGUGAACGAUCGAAAUAAUUUCCUCGUAAAACAGCAAAAAAUAAACAAAAACUGUUUGCUAAAUUGUCACUUAGAAGCGUCGCCCCGGGUGAAUUUUCUAAAUCUUCCAAAUCUGAGGAGAAAAUUAUUGUGCAGUAAGGAUAAUUAAACAGACAGGCUCUAAUGAAAAGAUGCAACCAAUUUCAUAACUAAUAUCAUUUUAGUCAAUUUACUCGUUUCGCAUUAGUUAAAAACUGUAGUGAUUAAAGAUUAAUCGGGACGAAUGCGAGCCCUCGUCCAUUUCGCACGAUCACGUGGGUGCAGAAAUUUUAAACACAAAAUCUAAAUAAACAACG